CCCUUCGCUGCGUCCAAAAUGGCCCGGUCCAGUUGGUUCCCGCUCUGUGCGAAGGGUCGUCAAUUUGUCGCCCGCAGGCGUCGUAUAGGAGCUCUCGAUCUAGCCCGUUAUCCGUGCUGCUCUGUUCGGCUGUUCCCAUCGAGAUCGAGCCAUCCUCCCUCCACUCCGGCGGUUCCACGAUUGGCGUGGCCGCCCCGGCGCCGGCCCCCAUCCUCCCUCCUCCACGACUUCCCCGGCCCCGGUGGCCCUUGCCCCCCAGUCCUCGUUCCCCAUAAGGCCGUCCUCACUCUCUCACGGCCCGCGGCCGCGCUUGACUCCAAACUCGGCGACCUCCGAGCACGAGCAGUCUCGCCGUCAUUGUCCUCUGCCGCCGGCGAGCUCCGGUCGGUGACGUCCUAAUGGCCUGACCUCGAACGGUAAACGCCGCAUCGAGCUCAACUGCUGGAGAAUUUGAAGUACAACUUUCUGCUUCUUUAUUUUGCGCUCUUGAUCACUUGGGAUCUGCGGUGCCUGCACGGACUUGCAUUUAAGACCUAAAAUUUGAUGAGAAGAAGAUUGGCAGAACAUUUAUCUUACAUUCCCAGAUCUCUUUCCUUGAUACAACUCAAGGAAAUGUCCUCAUUUUCUGCUGGUCAUGGACGCCGGCCAAAGAAGAAGCUUUAUCACCGUGAGCCUGGCCUCGACAAGGCCAUGGACCUCCAAAAGAAGCCCGCUCUCCUCCUUCGUCUCCGUGAGCUCAUCUUGGCCCAAAAGAAAGGAUCACUACUUGUACGUGACCUUGAAAAGGAGGUUGGCUUUGUCCAAAAAUGGAACUUUGUUUCACUUAUCGAGCGCCACCCCAAUAUCUUCCAUGUCUCUGGUGGAAGUACAUCGCGUGAGCCCAUUGCUGUCACACUUACUGAGAAGGCCAGAAAUAUUUCUGGUGAAGAGAUCCAAGCACAGGAGCUAAUGGAACCCAUCUUGGUAAGAAAUCUGAGGAAGCUGUUAAUGAUGUCGAUGGACUGCCAAAUCCCUUUAGAGAAGAUUGAGCUCAUCCAACCUGAAUUGGGUUUACCAAAGAACUUCAAGGACAAGUUGAUUCCUAGUUACCCUGACUUUUUUUCAAUCCGUGAUGUGCGAGGCUUGGACCAUCUGUGUUUGGAGAGUUGGGAUUCUUCACUAGCAGUCACAGCACGAGAAGAAAAAUUGAAUUUUGAUGGUUUCCAAAUGGAUUAUAGAGGGGUUGCUAAAGAUGGGAAUAUACUGGGUCCUUUUGCUUUCAAGUUAAAGUAUCCAGCAGGAUUUAGGCCCAACCGCAAGUACCUUGAGGAGGUAGUCAGGUGGCAGAAGAUGGCAUUUCCUUCACCUUAUUUGAAUGCUAGGAGAGUGGAGCCUGCAACUCCACAGGCUCGAAAGCGAUCUGUUGCUGUUCUACAUGAGAUCUUAAGCUUGACAAUGCAGAAACGACUGACAUCUGAUAAGCUAGAAGUCUUCCAUAAUGAGUACAGGCUGCCAUGCAAGCUACUUCUUUGCUUAGUAAAAAAUCAUGGUAUCUUCUACAUCACUAACAAGGGAGCAAGAAGUACCGUCUUCCUCAAGGAGGCCUACGAUGAUACUAACCUCAUUGAGAAGUGUCCUCUUCUGAAAUUCCAUGAUCAGUUUUCAUCUUUAAUUGGCCGAUCAUGCUCCGACUUAAAUACUCCACUGGCAGUAUAGCUUGAGUGUUAUUGAUUUACAUGAGAAGCGAAACCAUGGUGCGUCUGGCUGGUGCUUAGUUGAUUGCUUGAUGUUCACAUGAGCCCACUUGCACACAACAAACUAUGUAAUUCCUCUGUACAACGGAUGUGUCUUGCGCCUUAUCAGCUGUUAAAGAUAAAACUGUAAACACCAACAUCCCAUCUUUAAAUAUGAAGCACCCCAGGAAUCAAGUUGCAGAUCAGCUGAUGAGACAUCCAUGUUUGUACGGAGGUCACAAGUUCAGUUGGAAUGUAGGGGUUGAGAGGAUUAAGUGCAUGAUUGGUUUGAUACCAAAAUUUGGCAUGCCAAGAUUUCUAGUGAUUGGUUUGUUUCUUGCCAAGCUCACAAAAACUUGCCAAAUUUUGACAACUUUUGAUUUACCAAAUGUUGGCAUCAAAUCAAUCAGCCUCUAACUCCAGUUGUGCAGCUUAUAAUGCCGAAAAAAGAAGUUGCAGUAUCAAUUCCGCUUUGUACUAAGAUAUGUAAUGUUGAGUUGCUUCUCCUAAUUGGAUGGAUUUCUA